AUGAAGCUGGGGCGGGCCGCGCUGGGCCUGCUGCUGCUGGCGCCGUUGGCGGUGCGGGCGGUGGAGCCCAUCAGCCUGGGAUUGGCCCUGGCCGGCGUCCUCACCGGCUACAUUUCCUACCCGCGCCUCUACUGCCUGUUCGCCGAGUGCUGCAGCCCGAAGCGGAGCCUCAGCCGGGAAGCGCUGCAGAAGGAUCUCGACAGCAAGCUCUUUGGACAGCAUCUUGCAAAGAAAGUCAUCUUAAAUGCUGUGUCUGGCUUCAUCAGCAACCCGAAGCCCAAGAAACCUCUCACCCUCUCCCUGCACGGGUGGACAGGCACUGGCAAAAAUUUUGUCAGCAAAAUCAUCGCGGAGAAUAUCUACGAGGGUGGGCUGAACAGUGACUAUGUCCACCUGUUUGUGGCCACGCUGCACUUCCCACACAUCUCGAACAUCACUCUGUAUAAGGAUCAGUUACAGUCGUGGAUUCGCGGCAACGUGAGUGCCUGUGCAAGGUCCAUCUUCAUAUUUGAUGAAAUGGACAAGAUGCACGCUGGCCUCAUAGACGCCAUCAAGCCUUACCUAGACUAUUACGACAACCUGGAUGGGGUCUCCUAUCAGAAAGCCAUCUUCAUAUUUCUCAGCAAUGCUGGAGCAGAAAGGAUCACAGAUGUGGCUUUAGAUUUCUGGAGAAGUGGAAAGCAGAGGGAAGAAAUCAAGCUCAAAGACAUGGAGCAUGCCUUGUCUGUGUCGGCCUUCAAUAACAAGAACAGUGGCUUCUGGCACAGCAGCUUAAUAGACCGAAACCUCAUUGAUUAUUUCGUUCCCUUCCUCCCGCUGGAAUAUAAACACCUGAAGAUGUGCAUCAGAGUCGAAAUGCAGUCCCGAGGCUACGAGGUGGACGAGGACAUUGUGAGCAGGGUGGCUGAGGAAAUGACAUUUUUCCCCAAAGAGGAGAGAGUUUUCUCCGACAAAGGCUGCAAAACCGUAUUCACCAAGUUAGAUUACUACUACGAUGACUGACGGCGCCAGAGCAGUCCUGGAAGAGAGUGAAAUGAAUUCCUCCUGUGUGACAGGACAGGCACCUCCCGGGCAUUUUUUCAUCCAGCAGAACCUACAGGCUGUCAGUGGCGGAUGCAGACGGACAGCAGUCCCCAUGGCCUGCAGAGGAGGGGAGGAGCCCGCUCCCAGCCCACCCAAGCCAGGGCUCAUGAUUUUUUUUUUAAAAAUCAUGUUUUAAUUUCAAGUGUUUCUGUUUCA